ACCACUUCAUUCACCACCCUGUCCAGAAGCCUCUUCACUUCUAUCUAAUCCUUCUCCUCUUCUCAUCCCCUCCAGCCUCCUCUUCCUCUUACUCCAAAUCUUUCAAAUCCAUCCAGCCUCUUCCUCUUCCCCACUCCAAAUCCUUCAAAUCCAUCCAGCCUCUUCCUCUUCCCCACUCCAAAUCAUUCAAAUCCACCCAUGUAGGUUUCUCCCCUCGAAUCCCCUUCAUAUUGCUGCUCUCCUGUGGCUAGGGUUUGCUCCAAUGGUGGACUCGAAGAUGUUGCCGCGUCGAUCUGUGGCUGCAGCGCCUGUGGAUUUGCUCCAAGUCCAGAGCUGAAGCUGCAGUCAAUCCUUGCCUCAUCUCCAUCCAGAUCAGGACCUAAUCCCGGGACUCCGUCGACUCCUCUUGCUGCACUUGUUAAGCUGUAGGGAAGCAGAUUGUGUCGAACUCAUCUGAAGUGCUGACAAGUUAUUGCUUACCAUCGUCUCAUUGUCAAUACCAAAUCCGAGAAUGACAAGUCGUGAAUGGAUGUAUAGUGGUUGGACACGUGGCAAAGCUCUCACUAAUGAAUGGAUUGAUAAUACAACACAGUUCUUAAACCGUGCAUUUUCUAUGCAAGAAGUUGUUAAAGAUGGUACUAUUAAGUGUCCAUGCGCCCAAUGUCGGAAUUAUUUUAGGCACAAAAGGGAUACAAUAGAGUUGCACUUGUGCAAAUACGGAUAUAAAGAGAACUAUGGAAUAUGGACAUCACAUGGUGAGAGAUCGGUGAUAAAUGACAAUGAUCCUGGGCCUUCAUUAAUAGAUCAUGAGGGAUUUGGUGAAUCUGAUAGGAUGGAUAAUAUGUUGGUUGACUUAGCCAGUGCACAGCCACCAGAAAGUAGUGAAGAACCUGCACAUUAUGCUAAAGCAUUCUAUAGGAUGGUUGCUAGUGCUGAUGAAUUGAUCCAUGAGAAUACAACACAUUCAUGUCUCUCAGCUGUAGCUCGUUUGCUAGCUAUGAAGUCACAGUAUAACAUGUCAGUUGCACAUUAUGAUGAUGUUUUAGGGAUAAUCCAUGAAUUCUUACCUCCUGAGUCUAAGUUGGCUAAGGACUUUUACCGUUCAAAAAAAUUGCUAGAAGGUCUUGGUAUGCCAUAUGUUAAAAUUGAUGUUUGUUACAACAACUGCAUGCUUUAUUACAAGGAAGAUGAGCAUAAAGAGAAGUGUGAUUUCUGUGGUACUUCUCGUUAUGAGAAUGGCCAAAACAAAACCCCACGUAAAGUUUUGCGCUACCUGCCUAUUAAAGAUAGAUUACAAAGGUUAUAUGCACAUGAGGAGAUAGCAAGAUUAUUGCAGUCCCAUAGUCGCUCACAAUCUGGUAACAUGGUUCACCCAUGUGAUGGCGAGGCAUGGCAACAAUUUGAUGAGGACUUUCAAGAUUUUGCACAAGAUCCAAGAAAUGUUCGUCUUGCUUUAGCAACUGAUGGGUUUACUCCAUAUAGUUUAGGUGCUGCUCCAUACUAUUGCUGGCCAGUAUUUAUAACUCCCUUAAAUUUCCCUCCCGGUGUGUGUAUGAGGCCCGAGUACACAUUCCUUACCCUUGUCAUCCCUGGACCAGAGCAUCCAGGGAAAAAAAUAAGUGUUCUAAUGCAACCUUUAGUUGAUGAACUUCUGAAGUUAUGGGAGGGGGUAGAAACCUGGGAUGCUUCACGCAAGCAAAACUUUACAAUGAAGGCAAUAUUUCUAUGGUCAAUCCAUGACUUUCCUGCCUAUGGGAUGUUUGCUGGGUGGAGCACCCAUGGUCGUUUGGCAUGUCCAAUUUGUAUGGGUGAUUCUCAAUCUUUUCAGCUCCGUAAUGGUAGAAAGCCUUGUUGGUUUGAUUGUCAUAGACGCUUUCUACCCAACGAACAUGAAUUCAGAACUCAACUAAAUGCAUUUAGAAAGAACACAUUUAUGCUUGAUGAGCCACCAAGGAUUCUGACAGGAGAAGAAAUUAAAGAAGAAAUGUACGCGUGUGUGGAUGAUACGGAAAACUUUGGUAAAACACACCAUUGGACUCAUAUAAGCUGUUUUUGGCAACUUCCAUACUUUGAUAAGCUGAAGCUGCGGCACAAUAUUGAUUUGAUGCACAAUGAGAAAAAUGUAGCUGAAUCUAUAUGGAACACAUGCUUUGACAUACAAGAUAAAACAAAGGAUAAUGUGAAGGCAAGGAAAGUUUUGGUUGAAAUUUGUAGUCGUCCAUUACUGCAAUUAGUGUCAGAGGGUAAUGGAAAAUGGCAUAAACCAGAGGCAUCAUUUUGUAUUGAUAGGGAUGACAAAACAACAAUUCUCAAAUGGUUUCAAGAACUAAAGUUUCCUGAUGGAUAUGCUGCCAAUAUUAGGCGUGGGGUUAACCUACUACAAAGAAAAAUUUUUGGCCUAAAAAGUCAUGACUACCAUGCUUUCAUGGAACGUUUGCUACUUGUUGCAUUCCGUGGAUUUAUUCCAGAGAGUGUUUGGAAGUGUUUGGCAGAGCUCAGUUUUUUUUAUAGGCAGUUAUGUGCAAAAGAACUAAACAAGGAUACCAUCCGCUCUUUAGAAGAGAAUGUAGCUGUUCUUAUUUGCAAGUUGGAAAAAAUAUUCCCACCUGGUUUCUUUAAUCCAAUGCAACAUCUCAUCAUACAUCUUCCCUAUGAAGCUCGACUUGGAGGUCCUGUCCAAUUUCGUUGGAAUUAUCCAUAUGAGAGUAAAUAUGAUAAGGAACAAUGGAAGAGCCGAAUUUCACCAACACCAAAUCAGUUGCGAGACUUGCGAUUAAAUGGAUGGAAAUCUGGUCGUGGCAUUAGAAAUGGGCCUAAUUUCUUUGAUUGGUUCAGAACUGAAUGCAUGAAGUCAUCUAGUAUACACAAUGCUUUGCGUCAAAUGUCAUAUGGUUUUUGAAGUACAGUUUCCACUUAUGGAGUUUAUGAUAUCAAUGGAUAUAGGUUUCGUUCAGAGAAGUAUGAGAGCAAGAAAUCAGGGUUAACAACAACCAAUAGUGGGGUGUGUGUGUCUUGUGUUGGCGAAAACAAUGAUGUGCUAGAGUACUAUGGUAUUAUUAGUUGGGAAGGCAGCAUGAACCUUGAAUUGGUUUUGUUUGACUGUUAUUGGUUUGACCCAACAUCUACCGGUGUUCGACGUACUGACAAUUUGGGUUUAGUUGAAAUUAAGCACACGUCUAGGCUUUCAACUUUUGAACCAUUUGUGAUGGCUAGUCAAGUUACACAAGUAUAUUAUUUGCCUUACCCAUGCACUACAAGACGUGAUCUAUCAUAAUGGUGGGUUGUACAUCAUGUCAAUCCACGGGGUUAUGUCCAGAAAGCUGAGAACACAAAUAAUGAUUCCAACCCAAAUGAUGAUCAAACCCAAGAUGUAUCAUUCUAUCAAGAAGAUGGAUUGGAAGGCACUUUUAUUAUUGACCUUGGGGCUGACUUAGGAAAUAUGACUCCACCUAUUUUGGAUGAGAUAACCAAUGCAAAAGACUUAGAAUUCCUAGAAAAGCAAAUGCAGGCUGAAGAUAAUUACGAUGAAGAUGACAAUGAAGAUGAAGAAGAGGAAGAAGAAGAAGAAGAAGAAGAAGAAGAAGAAAAAGAAAAUGAUGAAGAAGAUGAAGGGCCACAGCCCCCAGCUUAUGAUCCAAAUGAUUUUUAGUUUAAGCUAUUGAGAUUGAAAUAUCUAUUGUAUUUUGUGUCUGUUAAUUUAUUUAUGCAGCUGCCAACUUUCAUAUGACUUUUUAAGCUUUAAGUACCUAAGGUCA